AAAGUACUUAAAGCACAGUUUCAGAUUAUUCAUCUUAAGUGCAAUAAGUUUAUUCCUUGCUAUGCAAACCAAAAAUAAAUCAACAUUGAUUUUAAAAACAAAUAUAGAAAGUACUUUGUCGGCGUAAUGAAUAACAGCAAUAUAAAUAAUGAAACAGAAGCAAAUAGAACUUUGUUCCGAUUGCAAGCAAAUGAUAUUGAGGUCAAUGUUUCCAACGUAACUUCGCCUGAUGUCCACAACGUAUCAUCACAGAAUACACCUUUAAUUCAACAGUCUUUCGAAAAUAUAAGAAUAGAUAUAGAAGAAAAUGCAUCAGAGAACUUAGAAUCAACCAGUGAGACAAGAAAUUCACAUAACAUCAUGGAGCAUUAUGCCCGAUUUAUAAGAGAUCAAGUAGCAGAAGUCACUAGGAGCCGACUUGGAAACAUUAUUGCUGCAUCAGGAAGUGGCAUUCCGUCCCAACAAAAUACAGGCGGAAUAAGUUCCGGAUCGAACUAUAAUAGAGUCCAUUCCCUUCCCAAUUCAUUAGGAAAUUUAAAUAACGUUUUUUCACCUGAAGUUUUACGUUCUUUUUCUACGACAAAUAAUUUCGAUGAAUCUGCCAGACAUUCCCAUGAAAACGAUAUCAAUAGUCAAAUUAUGUUUAAUCGUAAUUCCGAUGCUCAAAUAAACUCGGUUUCAGCAGGGCCACAUGCUACAAGAUCAUCAAGUUUAGUAUUUGACCAUCAUAUAAAUUUCCGCAAUAACGUUGCAGCAGGUGAUACCAACAGCUUUACAACUCCGUCAAAUGCAUUGCAUCAAACAAAUGUAAGGGAUGGGUUAGAUUUAAGUGGAAAUGUUUUAACGGAUCAACAGACUUAUAGUAUUCCUGUAAUUCCAACAAGAGGUACAGAAGAGACAGCAACUUCAACCAAUGAAUUAUAUAACACUAGUUUCCCGGACAUAGUUAUACCAACCAUUCGCCACUGUCUUCACUAUAUACCUUUCGCAUGUAUACUGUUCGUAAAAUUUAUUUAUGAUCAUUCACUUGCAAUAUUGGAUAUAAUAACAUUACAAUUCGUUAUGUAUUGCGUUAACAAAUCUUUGCAAGCCCAAGUUAUAAGACUUGAUCAAAAAAAGAACUUAAUACUUAUACGGGACUUACUAUUGGUUGCUGCCGUAAUUACGUUACGUUUAUUAGCAUCAUCGACUUCCCCAGAUCCUUUUGGUUUGCUAUUGUCGCCUCCAACGAGCGAACGGAAUAUGGUUCAUCAGGUAAUACAUAACCUUCCCCAGGAUACGUAUACGCCUACAACCGAUUCACCAAAUACAAUUGAGAAUACAAUUAUUAUACCAAAAAUAAUAUCACUAACAACGGUUAUAUACUACAUCGCCGUAAAUGAUCUUCUUCUUAAAUUGAUUACUAUUUCAAUAAAAUUGGUCGUUACCUUAUUACCACUGCGAGCCAUACGACAUAAGUCAAGGACACGGUUGUAUGUGUUCAUUGAAUUUUUUUCUCAAUUUUAUCGGUCUUUGGUCCCUAUUCGACAAUGGUUGUUAUUCCUUUUCGAAUCGUAUUCCGGUUUACAUGCUAUUUCAGGUGUGAUGUUUUCAUCUACUUACAUAGUACUUAAAGGGUGCGAAUUAGCAGACCGUGGUAAAACACUGAAGAAGUCAUUUGUCAGUUUAUUGAAGGAUGUAAAUAAGUUAGGAAAACCGGAAAAAGAUAAUUUUGAUACCUCCGAAGAGCUAUGUGCCAUAUGUCAAGAUGCGUACGUCUCGCCUGUGGUUCUAGAAUGUGGACACAUUUUCUGUGACAGUUGUGUUACUACCUGGUUUAAACGAGAGCAAACAUGUCCUAUGUGUCGAGCAAAAGUAGGAGAUAACCUGGCCUGGCACGAUGGCACCACAACGUUCUUUUACCAGCUUUAUUAAUAAUCUAUCUUAUCAAAAUGUGAAAUAAAAAUUAAGUUAAAGUUAAUUUUUUUUUAUAUUUUAAAAUGCUGAUUACGUAAAAUAUUAAAGCAAUGAGAAAAAAAGAUAUUUUCUUUAAUUAA